AUGUCGUGGAGUGUGGAUUUAGGCGGCAGGAUGACAUUCGCCAAAUUCCUUCUUCCAUUCCUCAUUCUCCACUCUGUGUCAACCGCAAGCUCCAACAACCCACCACGUUUCCUGAACUACUUCUUCUCGACCUACCUUCUCAUCUAUGAAGACAUGCCCAUCGGUUCAUCAGUGGCCCAGCUGAAGGCAACAGAUCCUGAGCAAGAGCCCCUCAUGUACGGGGUUUCGGGAGAAGAGGCCAUGAAGUACUUCUCUGUGAACCAAGACAAUGGCGUUGUCUGGCUUCGACAGCAGCUCGACCGUGAGACCAAGUCCGAGAUGCAGGUCGAGUUCUACGUGAGUGACAUUCAAGAGGUUGUCAAAGACACGGUAAACAUUCAGAUUGGAGACGUGAAUGAUAAUUCACCAACCUUCCAUGGGCAGCCCUACACCGUCCACAUCCCAGAGAACACACCCGUGGGCAAAUCAGUGUUUAUGGUGAACGCCACAGAUCCAGACCAGGGCACAGGGGGCAGUGUUCUCUUCUCCUUCCAGCCGCCUUCUCCUUUCUUUGCGAUCGACGGGGCCCGAGGCAUCGUCACCGUCAUCCGAGCUCUCGAUUACGAAGCGACCUCGGCCUUUCAGCUCACUGUCAAUGCCACGGAUCAAGAUAAAACGCGACCUCUGUCCCGGCUUGCAAACUUGGCCAUCACCAUCACCGACGUCCAGGACAUGGACCCCAUUUUCACUAAUCUGCCCUACAGCACCAACAUAGAAGAGGACGUCCCCCUGGGACAUGAAGUGCGGAAGAUAACGGCCAUUGACCAGGACCUUGGCCGACCAAGAGGCAUCGGCUACACCAUCAUCUCAGGGAACACCAACAGCGUUUUUGCCCUGGACUACAUCAGCGGCUCUCUGACAGUGAACGGCCAGCUGGACAGAGAAAACCCACUCUACUCAGCAGGAUUCACUCUCACUGUCAAGGCCACAGAGUUGAAAGAUGAUCGCAGCCCAUCAGAUGCAACCGUGAUGACCACCUUCACCAUUCUGCUAAUUGACAAGAAUGACAAUGCCCCGAAGUUCAACAGCUCCGAGUAUCGAGUCCGCAUCACUGAGUUGGCCCAGGUCGGCUUUGCCCUGCCCCUCUUCAUCCAGGCCGAAGAUAAGGAUGAGGGGGUGAACAGCAUGUUCCAGGUGUAUCUGACAGGAAACAAUUCAGAGUACUUCACCAUCUCCCCCACAGCGGUGCAGGGGCGUGCCGACAUCAGGAUGAGGGUGGCACAGCAACUGGACUUUGAACGGAUUCGCAGAUACAGCUUCUCUCUCUAUGCCAAUGAGUCCAUGUCCGACCAUGUGGGAUUUGCCCGCAUCUUCAUUGAGAUAAUCAAUGAGAAUGACAACCGGCCCAUCUUCAGCAAACCCCUGUACAACAUCAGCCUUCCUGAAAACACGCCUCCUGGUACCUCACUGUUACGAAUCCUGGCUACAGACGGAGAUGACGGCCCAUUUGGGCUUGUGCGUUACUACUUCAGUGAUGAGCCAGACCAGUUUUCACUAGACGAUGAGACUGGCUGGGUGACUCUGCGGGCCCGUUUGGACUACGAGCUGAUGCGGCGUUUCACGCUCACGGUGCUGGCGAGGGACGGCGGCGGCGAGGAGACGACAGGGAGGAUCCGUGUGAACGUGUUGGACGUCAAUGACAAUGCACCGCUCUUCCAGAAGGAGGCAUAUGUGGGCUCGCUGAGAGAGAACGAGCAGGCUGUACAGCCGGUGGCACGAAUCCGGGCAACAGAUGAGGAUUUUCCUCCAAACAACUUCCUGACAUACACCAUCACCUCAGCCUCGGCCUUCCUCGAGUACUUCAGCGUUACCAUGGUGGAGGGCUACGCAGUGAUCAGUGUGAUCAGGCCUCUGGACUACGAGCAGGUUCCCAAAGGGAUGAUCUACUUGACAGUGAUGGCCAAAGAUGGAGGAAACUUAGCCCUCAACAACACCGUCCCUGUAACAGUGGAGGUGAUAGAUGAAAACGACAACCCACCAGAGUUCAGCAGGCCGUCCUACAUCGUCAAAAUCCCAGAGAACAUUAUUGCUGGGGCAACUGUGCUGCUUGUGAAUGCUUCUGAUUUGGACGCCUCGAGGGAGUUUGGCCAGGCCUCACUCAUCUACUCCCUGGAGGGCUCCUCUCAGUUCCGUCUCAACUCGCGAUCAGGGGAGAUCACCACCACAGCCCUGCUGGACAGAGAACUGAAGUCAGAGUACAUCCUGAUAGUCAGAGCUGUGGAUGGAGGGGUGGGCCCUCAGCAGAAAACUGGCAUCGCCACGGUGAACAUCACCAUCCUGGACAUCAAUGACAACGCGCCCCUGUGGAGGGACGAGCCGUACCAUGCCAAUGUAGUGGAGAUGAGCCCAAGAAACACAGACGUUAUCUCUGUGUUGGCAGUGGACCCUGACAAUGGAGAAAAUGGGACAGUGGAGUACAGUAUCAGUCCAGAAAACCCCUUCUACACCAUCCAAACCAGCACAGGGAAGAUUCGCACCAGUGGGGUUACCCUGGACAGAGAAAGCUCCAACCCCAUGGAUGCAGCACUCAUGAGAACCAUCAUCAUCUCAGCUGUCGACCGAGGUACGCCUUCACUACGUGCAACAGCAAGCACCACAGUGUCUGUCAACCUGCUGGAUCUUAAUGACAACGACCCAACCUUCCUCAACCUGCCCUUUGUGGCUGAAGUGCCAGAGGGAUUGUCCAUUGGCUCCUCGGUUUUUAGGGUCCAGGUGGAGGACCCGGAUGAGGAUAAAAAUGGCUUGAUCACAAUGGCCUUACAGAUGGGUAUGCCUCGCCUCGACUUCUACCUGAAUACCACCACCGGCAUCCUCACAUCCACGGCAGUCCUGGAUCGUGAGCAGAUUGGACUGUACCAUUUGAGGAUUGUCGCCUAUGAUGCUGGAAAGUUCCCGCGCACGUCCACCUCAACCCUCACUAUCACAGUUCUGGAUGUAAAUGAUGAGACACCCACCUUCAGCCCUCGAGCGUACAAUGUUUCCCUGAAGGAGAGUGUCCCUAGAGACCACAUUGUAGCACGCCUCAGCUGCACUGACAACGACGCUGGCCUCAACGCCGAGCUUAGCUACUUCAUCACAGAUGGCAAUCAGGACGGCAAGUUCAGCGUGGGCUUCAGAGACGGAGUUGUUCGGACAGUGGUUGGCCUGGACAGAGAGAACCAGGCAGCCUACAAUCUGGUUGUAGAAGCUAUAGACAACGGCCCAGCUGGCAGCCGGAGGACAGGCACGGCCACUGUGUUUGUGGAGGUGCAGGACGUCAACGACAACAGACCCAUCUUCCUCCAAAACAGCUAUGAGACCAGCAUAUUGGAGAGUGUGCCCAGAGGAACCAGCGUCCUUCAGGUUCAAGCUACAGAUGCAGACCAGGGUGAGAACGGUCGAGUUCUUUACAGGAUCCUCACUGGCAACAGCAACAAGCUGUUCAGCAUCGACCGGACGACCGGGCUGGUGACAAGAGGCGUCAGGGCUCUGGACAGAGAAACCACUAGCUCCCAUGUGUUGGAAGUGGAGGCCUACAACAGUGACGAGGGCAGCAUGAGGAGCUCCGUGAGGGUGAUCAUAUAUGUGGAUGAUGCCAACGACGAGAUGCCAGUGUUUACCCAACAACAAUACAACCGUCUGGGUCUUAGGGAAACGGCUGGCAUCGGCACCUCUGUGAUUGUGGUGCGCGCCACAGACCCUGACACCGGUGAUGGUGGAUCUGUCGCUUACGCCCUCGUGUCCGGCUCCGAUCGCAAAUUUGAGGUGGACGUAAGCACCGGCCUGGUAACCACUGUGGACUACCUGGACUACGAGACCAAGACCACCUAUCUAAUGAAUGUCUCAGCCACUGACCAGGCCCCACCUUUCCACCGAGGUUACUGCACAGUCUAUGUCACGCUGCUUAAUGAGCUGGAUGAGGCUGUGGCCUUUUUCUCCGCCGGCUACGAGGUCUCUCUGCGUGAGAACAUCGCCACGGGCACAGAGGUGGUCCAGGUGCAGGCCCAGUCGGCCGACAACUUGAACCAGCUGACUUAUCGCUUCGACCCCGACACGUCGCCUGCAGCUCUGGCCCUAUUUAAGAUCGACAGUGUCACGGGCCGUAUAACAGUGACCGGUCUGCUGGACAGAGAGAAGGGGGAUAUGUAUACACUGACUGUUGUAGCUGAUGAUGGAGGGCCUAAAAAGGACUCCACUGUGAAGGUUUCAAUCACCAUUCUGGACGAGAAUGACAACAGCCCAGUGUUGGACAUCACUUCUGAUACUUCAGUGGACAUCCUAGAAAACACACCCAUGGGGAAGAAAGUGGCAGUCGUGCUCGGAAGGGACAAAGAUGCUGGACUGAAUGGACUGGUCAAUUUCACUUUGGUGGCAGGCAACAUGGAGGACGUGUUUAAAAUCAAGACAGUGAACCACACUUACGGGGAAGUUUAUGUCAAUGCUCCUCUGGACAGAGAGUCAGUGGACCGUUACCUACUGAAGGUACGUGCAAGUGACAAUGGCUCACCUCCAAGACACACAGACCACUCCCUCACCAUCAACAUCCUGGACAUCAAUGACAAUGCUCCUGUCAUGGAGAGCCAGAGGGGCUACAACGUCAGCAUAAAUGAGAAUGUUGGAGGAGGUACGUCAGUCCUCCGUGUGGUCGCCAUUGACCAAGACAUUGGUCCCAACGCCAUGUUGUUUUACUACAUUACUGCUGGAAACCAGGACCUGACCUUCCGCAUGGACCGUGUGACAGGAGAGAUGGUGACAAGGCCAGCGCCUCCUGACCGAGAGCGCCAGCAAGAAUAUCGACUCAUUGUCACUGUGGAAGAUGACGGGACGCCACCUCUGUCGACCUCAACCACCAUCAAUGUCCACAUUGUGGAUGAGAACGAUAACGCCCCAGAGUUCCCUGAGGAGGAGUACGUCACCGUGCUGAGCGAGGGACCGGACACAGUGGGAGCCACCAUCGCCACGGUAACAGCCAUCGACCCAGAUGAGGGUCUGAACGGCACCUUGCGAUAUGCGAUCGCUCAUGGCAACCUGAUCCAGACCUUUCAUAUCAACAGCUUCACGGGAACAAUCACUGCUGUGAAGGAGCUGGACUUCGAGAUCAGCAAUGGACACUACGCACUGGUUGUCACAGCCACGGACCAGACUCUAAACCCUGCUCUUCGUUUGACAUCCAGCACAACAGUGCUCGUCAACGUCCUAGAUGUGAACGAUGUGACACCAACCUUCCCCAAAGCCUAUGAGGGACCCUUCGAGGUCACUGAGGGUCAGCCAGGACCUCGGGUCUGGACCCUCAGAGCCAGUGAUGAAGACUCUGGACUCAACGGCAAAGUGGAGUACAGCAUCAGCGGUGGAGACCCCCAGAAUGAGUUCAUGGUCUCUCCAGUGGAAGGCGAGCUGCGGGUGAGGAAGGAUGUGGAGCUGGACAGAGAGACCACAGCCUUCUACAACAUCACUGUCACAGCCCGAGAUCUGGGCACCCCGUCUCGCAACAGCUCGGUGGUGGUGGGGGUCCGGGUCCGAGACAUCAACGACAACGACCCGGUUCUCCUGAACCUGCCUUACAACACCAGCGUUAGCGAGGGCGCCUCCAUACACACCUCUGUGGCCAGAGUCCGAGCACGUGACGCGGACAGCGGACGCAACGCACUGCUCACUUAUAACAUCACCGCGGGCAACCAGGACGGAGCCUUCUACAUCAAUGACACAACAGGUGUGGUGCAAGUGAACAGGCCGCUGGACAGAGAGCGAGUGGCUGAGUAUCGACUCACCAUCACUGUCAAAGACAACCCUGAGAACCCUCGCAUCGCUCGCAGGGAUUCAGACCUGUUGAUGAUCACCAUUCUGGAUGAGAAUGACAACAGGCCCAUAUUCACCAGGACCAGCUACAGGGCGGAAAUCACUGAGAACUCUGCAGCAGGCAGUACAGUAACAGUGUUGAAUGGGCCCGUUCUGGCUCAGGAUAAAGACAUUGGACCUAACGCUGUCAUGAAGUAUCUCCUGCUGGGAGCAAGAGUGGACCUCUUUACUGUGGAUUCCCAGACUGGUCUGAUUCUUGUGCGUCAGGGGGCCAGGUUGGACCGCGAGGCCUUUCAGGAGCCUCGUGUGGAGCUGUUCCUGGUUGCGGAGGACAUAGGAGGUUUGAACAGCAGCGUCCCUCUGACAGUCACCAUCCUGGACCAGAACGACAACCCUCCCGUCUUCAGUCCAUCCAGUUUCAGUGUUCGACUCCCUGAGAACAGCCCCACUGGCGUGGUGGUGACUCAGCUGUCGGCCACUGAUGCUGACUCGGGCUCUAAUGGCUGGCUCAUGUACCGUUUGGAAAGCGGUGCUCAGGACCGUUUUGUGGUCGACCCGCUCUCCGGUGCUGUCCUGGUCGGCAACAACACCCUCGACAGAGAGGAGCGUGGUUCCUACCGCCUGGUUGUCAUGGCAACAGACCGUGGCACACCCCCUAUGUCGGGCACUGCCACCCUCACAGUCAUCUUGGAUGAUGUAAACGACUCCCGGCCCCGCUUUACAGAGCCCUUGACCAUGAUAAGCGUCAAUGAGUCCACACCACCGGGCGUUGUGGUGGCCACGCUGACCGCCGAGGACCAAGAUCUGCAUCCCCGGCUGGAGUAUUACAUCAUCUCAGUGGAGGCAAAGGAUGAUGGGAACAACCCAGUGGAGGGCCUGCAGGAGUCGUUUGGCAUAGAUUUACACACUGGGGCAGUGUUUGUACGCAACCCGAUAAACAGAGAGCAGGUAGCUACGUUUGAGAUCAUUGUGUCUGUACACGACAAUGCUAGUGAUGUCAUCGACAAGUCCGGGAGCGUUCCCAACGCGAGGCUAACCAUCAACGUGUUGGAUGUAAAUGACAACGCCCCUCGUUUCCGGCCUUUUGGCGUCUCCAACUUCACAGAGAAGAUUUUAGAAGGAGCUCAGCCGGGCACAACCCUGCUGUCGGUGUCAGCUGUGGACCCCGAUAAAGGUCCCAACGGCCAGGUCAUCUACCAGCUGCUCCACUUGCCCCGAGGGGGAUACGUUAGACUGGAGGACCCCUCUGUUGGUAAGAUUGUGGCCAAUCAGACGGUGGAUUUCGAGCAGGUACAGUGGCUGAAUUUCACCAUCAGGGCCAGAGACCAUGGAACUCCUCCCAGAAUAGCUGAGCUUCCAGUUUAUCUGCGCAUCGUGGACGUCAAUGACAACAACCCUGUCUUCCUACAACCUUCAUAUCAGGAGCCUGUGUUUGAAAACGAGAACCUGGGCACCACCAUAGUUCGUGUCAGUGCUACAGAUGCUGACUCUGGACUCUUUGCUGUCAUUGAGUACAGCCUGGUAGACGGAGAGGGCAAGUUUGCUAUCAAACCAUCUACUGGAGAGAUCUACAUCCUCUCUCCUCUGGACAGAGAGACAAAGGACCAUUACACUCUGACUGCCGUUGCUCGUGACAACCCCGGUGGCAGCCACAGCAACAGACGUGAGAACUCUAUCCAGGUCCUGGUGACGGUUCUCGAUAUCAACGAUGAUCGGCCACGCUUCUCAGAGCGAGCGUUCAGCACCAGCGUGUUUGAGAACGAGCCCAGUGGCACGUCUGUGAUCACCGUGAGAGCUACUGACCUGGAUGAAGGACAGAAUGGAGCGGUGCUUUACAGCAUGUUGGGACCACAUUCAGAUGCAUUUUCAAUGGACCCGAACACAGGGCUGGUGCGUUCUCGCCGUCGGCUUCAGUCGUCUGAAAGUUUCAACCUGACUGUGGUGGCCACCGACCAGGGCCGCCCUCCCCUGUGGGGCACUGCAGACCUGAUCAUCACAGUCAUAGACGUCAACGACAACAGACCUGUGUUUGUCAGGCCAGCUAAUGGAACCAUCAUUCAUAUCUCAGAGGAGCAGCCCCCCGGUCUACCUGUGUAUGAGGUGCAUGCCACAGACUCUGACGAGGGCGUGAAUGGAGAGGUCCGCUACGCCUUCCUGCAGACAGGAGCCGGCAACAGAGACUGGGAGAACUUCCACAUCAAUACCAUAUCUGGAGUCAUCGCCACGACUGUGAAACUGGACCGAGAGAAACAGGCCCUCCAUAGCCUGAUCAUUGUUGCCCGUGACAUGGGCCAGCCCGUGCCUUAUGAGACCACACAGCCUCUGCAGGUGGCGCUGUUGGACAUUGACGACAAUGAACCUGUCUUCCUCAAACCACCGCGUGGCAGCUUGCCUUACCAGUUGUUGGCAGUGCUUGAGCACUCCCCCCCGGGGACUGUGGUGGGGAACAUCACCAGAGCUUUGGAUGCUGAUGAGGGCUCCAAUGCCAUCGUGUACUACUUCAUUGCAGGGGGAAACAGCGAUGCCAUCUUUGGCUUGAGCCUUGACGGAGAGUUGAAGUUGCACAAGGAUCUGGACCGGGAGGAGAUCCCGGUCUACUCCAUCAUCAUCAAGGCCUCCAGCAACAGGAGCUGGACUCCUCCCAGGGGUCAGAGGGCAGCACGAGCCAAAGCCCUGAACCCUGCGCGUGACCCCAGCCUGCUGGAAGUCCGCAUCCAACUGGAAGACAUCAACGACCAGAAACCACGCUUCACUAAGGCAGAGUACACUGCAGGAGUUGCAGCAAACGCCAAAGUGGGUUCAGAGUUGAUCAAGGUUGUGGCUAUAGAUAACGACAUAGGCAACAACAGCUUGGUCCAAUACCACAUCGUCACCAUCCGUUACUUCCAGUCGCCGGGCAACGGAAGUGAGGACGUUGGCAGCAUCUUCACCAUCGGUUUGACAGAUGGUAUCAUCAGAACCUACGACCUCUUCACUGCCUACAACCCAGGCUACUUUCAGCUGGAGAUUUUGGCGUGCGACUUUGCCGGACACAGCACAACGACCAAUGUGAACAUCUAUAUUCUCCGCGAUGACCAGAGGGUCAAGAUAGUCUUCAACGAGAUCCCUGAUUUUGUGCGAGAAAACCAGGAGGACUUUAUCAACCUCCUGUCCAACAUCACUGGAGCUACCGUCAACUUAGAUGACGUUCAGUUCCAUGUGGACAAAAAAGGCAGAGUGAAUUAUGCACAGACGGACAUUAUGAUCCAUUUCGUCAACAAUCAGACCAACACCAUCCUGGAUGUUGAGAGGGUGAUCCAGAUGAUCGAUGAGAACAAGGAGCAGCUGAGAAACCUGUUCAGGACGUACAACGUGGUGGACGUUCAGCCUGCGGUCAGUGACAAGCUGCCCGACGACAUCUCCACGCUCCAGCUGGUCAUCAUCAUCCUGGCUGUGCUGCUGUGCUUGGCGGGAAUUCUGUUUGUCACAAUGAACUGGCAUUAUCGCAGAGUACACCAGAGGAAGCUGAAAGCAAUCGUUUCCGGAUCAACUGGGAACCAGGGUCUAAUGGAUAUCCUGGACAUGCCCAACACUAACAAGUACUCCUUUGAGGGGGCGAAUCCCGUGUGGCUGGACCCGUUCUGCCGUAACCUGGAGCUGGCCGCCCAGGCUGACCACGAGGACGACCUGCCGGAGAACCUGAGUGAGAUCACCGACCUGUGGAACAGCCCCGCACGCACUCACGGAACAUUCGGUCGAGAGCCUCAAGCAAAGCCCGAGGACGAUCGCUACCUGAGAGCAGCCAUUCAGGAGUACGACAACAUCUCUAAACUGGGCCAGAUCAUGAGGGAGGGGCCUAUCAAGGGUUCCCUGCUGAAGGUGGUCCUGGAUGACUACCUGAGGCUGAAAACGCUCUUUGCAGCUCGACUCGUCACUGUGUCCACCAGCCAGGGAGAUGAGUCAUCAGUCACUGAGCUGAUCCAGAGCGACCUCGACGACGAUGAGGACGGAAGUCUGGGCAUGGGCGGAGGGCGUGGCACUCUGCGCUUCAAGCACAAGCUUCCUGUCGAGCUGAAGGGUCCCGAAGGUGUGCACGUGGUCCACGGCAGCACGGGUACCCUCCUGACCUCUGACCUCAACAGCCUGCCGGAGGACGACCAGCGGGCCCUGGCGCGUUCCAUGGAGGCGCUGAAUUCAGACGGGGGGCUUUACUGUGAGCGCAACGCCCGCACAGAGUCUGCAAAGUCCACCCCGAUGCACCGUCACAAGGACGGAGACACCCGGUCAGAGAAUCCCUUGGAGAUCACAGAGUUAUGA